GACCAAUUUCAUUUUGUGAUAUAUAUUACACAUUGAUUGAUUGAUUUGUAAAAUGAUUCACUCUUGAUUGUCGAUGUUCGAACAUCGAAUGUGUGUGUGUGUGUCUGUAUGUUGUUUUAGUUCAUCAUUAUCAUCUUUACUAUUAUCAUCAUCAACUACGUCGUCGUCGUCGUCACUCAAUCAUUAUAACAUCUUAACAAUAACAAACAACAUUUACGGACACAAAAUUUAUACAGACAGACACUAAAAACCACAUAUAUAUCAACUAAGUCAGAGGCAGGCAUAAAAGCAAUAUCAUAUAUAUAUAAACCAGCCAUUUAAAUAAAUAUUUGGAUCUGAAUCUUAAAUUCAGAUUUAUUUCAGUGAAAAUAUAAACAUUAUUAAAAGGUUGAAAUUGUCAUCAAGAUUCUAUAUGCGAUUCUGGCCCUUCAUGAUUAAAAUUAAACCUUGGUCAUACCAUAUUACGAUAUCUUUAAGUAGAAAACAACAAUUCGACGAACAUUAUAAAGAAACAACAACAAUCCCCUUGAAUUCCAAUGGAAAUUAAACAUACUGAUAAAGAUUUAAAAACUAGUCAAUCAGCCGUAGAAGAUUCGGAAGAAGAAGAAAAUGAGAUAUUGGAAGAAAGUCCAUGUGGAAGAUGGCAUAAACGACGAGAAGAGGUCGAACAGAACAAUAUACCUGGUAUCGAUGCUACCUAUCUGGCAAUGGAUACUGAAGAAGGUGUGGAAGUUGUUUGGAAUGAAGUACGAUUUUCCGAACGGAAAUUUUUCAGAGCCAAAGAAGAAACUAUUAGUGAAGUAUUUGAUCGAUUAAUUCAAUUGGAACAUCCGAAUAUUGUUAAAUUACAUAAAUAUUGGAUACAUAAAGAUACGGAUGUACCAAAAGUGGUAUUCAUCACUGAAUACAUGUCUAGUGGUUCUCUUCGACAUUAUUUCGAAAAAACUAAACGACACGACAUAAAAAUAUCGUUACAGGUUUGGCGAAGAUGGUGCACUCAAACGUUAUCGGCAUUGUGUUAUUUGCACUCUUCUCAGCCUUCAAUCGUCCAUGGAAAUAUUAAUUGUGAUACAAUUUUUAUUAGUUAUAAUGGCUUGAUUAAGAUUGGUGCAAUUGCGCCAGAUGCUAUUCACCGACAUGUAAAAACAGUUCGAGCCGAUGCAAAAUCGAAUCUUCAUUUUAUAGCGCCCGAACUAGGCAAUGUUCAAGAUUUUCCUGUGUUAUCACCAUCGGUGGACAUAUAUUCAUUUGGAAUGUGUGCCUUAGAGAUGGCCGCUCUGGAAAUUCCCAGUGAUAAUGAUUCACCACAUCACAUCACUGAAGACAUCAUUCACAAGACUAUCGAAUCGUUAGACAAUGCUCCUCAACGUGAUUUUAUUCAACAAUGUUUACGAAAAGAUCCAGUCCUGAGACCAACUGCCCGUGAUCUACUAUUUCAUCCGAUCAUAUUCGAAGUGCCCACAUUGCGAUUAUUCUGUGCUCAUUCGAUUUUGAAUAAUCCUUCAUUACAGCCCGAACAGUUGACCGAAGAAGCCAUCUCUCGCUUUUUGUGUCUUCAAAAUCAAAAUGAUCGUAUAGUGGCCGAGAUUAGACGUGUUGAACAGCCAUCAAUUUUAUUUAAACAAUCGGAUUUUCCAAAUCGUGAACUAGAGAAACUUUUAGAUGAAGUUAAAAAUGGAGCCUAUCCAUUGACCGCCGUCAUGCCUACAACAAGAUCACCGUUAGUAUGUCGACAGCGUACCAUUUCACCAGAGGUGAUCGACGAAGCUCAUAAACUAAUCAACACACCUGAUAAUCCUUAUGAUGAGGAAACGCGUCGAAUCGUUUACAUAAAUUGUUCAAUACAACCAAUGGCUUCGGAUCCAACCUGUUAUGAUAUUAAAAUUGUGAUCAAAUUAGAUGAUAAGAUAAAUCGUCAACUUACUUGUGAAAUUUCAAAAGAUCAACUAAUUCCUCCUACUAUCUCCCAAGAGCUUGUCUAUUAUGGUUUCAUCAAUAAAGAUGAUAAAGAGAAUGUUGCACAAAUCCUUUUGGAAGCAAUGACCGAAAGAAACAUUUCGAAUGAUGCCAACCAUAUGGCAUUCCGUGAAAAGUCAUUACAGCUCCAGAAUAAGAACCAUGCUUCCAUUAUUAACAAUUCAAUAAAGCACGAUUCUUCAAAUUUAUUACCACAAACAACAGCCAAUUCUCCCGCACAAAUAUUUGUCAUUCAACAGCAACCCGAUGUUUGUCAACAGAAUUCGAUGGCACAGAAUACUAAUAAUGAAAAAUGUGAUCUUUUAGCCGAUAGAUUCGUCAUGGUUGAAACGAAUGUAUCUAGGCCAGUUGAAUUGGUUUCUAAUAAUAAUCAUCAUUCGAACGAAAUGUCACAACAAAAUGUUGAUGAUCAUGAAUUAUCAUCGAAACCUUUUAUAGAUCAGCAUCCAUCAUUCUCACAGAAUCAUUUCCAACCAUCUUUGGGACAGCAAACAAAUGAUCCGAAUAUAAAUACGGCAACGACAUCAACAACUCCAAUGACGAACGUUUCCACCGCCGCUGAAUUCAUAACAAAUGUGAAUCAAAAAAUUCCAUCAACUGUGGCUACUGCUCAUUUACAUCAUCAAAAUUUGUUGUAUGGUACAGCCAGUUCAUCCGAUUCAAACGUUUAGUCUAUUGUUUCUCGGUUAUUCUAUAACGAAAUUCUCGAAAAGCACUGAAUUCGAAUCGAAUAUUCAGAGUAGGAAUCCUGCUUCAUCUAGGAAUGAUUUUGUAUGAAACAAGGGCCAUUUUUUUUUUGUUUAUGAAAUGUUUGUUUAUAAUUGCAACAACUGACGAUCAUUUUCACAGAUACACAUUCACUCAUAUCGACAACGACGUGAAUAAGUUUUUACAAAAAAAAUUGAUGAUUCAUAAAAAAAAGAUGCUUAUUUAAAGUUGA